GGGAAUCGUAUGAUGUGCUCUUUUGUCUCAUUCCACACUUGUAUUUUAUUUUUUUUUCACACUGAAAUUUCCAUCUUGUAUGUUAUAUUUAUAUAAACAGACAAGUUGCAAGUAUUCUCCAUUAAUACUCAUCCAAACACAACUCUCUCUCUCUCAAUCUUGGGGUACCAGUUGAAUGGCAGCCAAAUCCAAGAGCCUUCAGGUGAUCAGGAAGCACCUAGUCAACGGCGUUCGUUCAUGGGCUUUCCCACGCGCCGUCGCAUCUGAUCUCUCUGCCUCUAGGAAUGGUCACACAUCGGCGUAUGAUAAGAACGUAGAAGAAGAAUUGCAAUCGAGUAAAGUGCCUGAUGAAUUGAUAAAGCCUGAUGACUCUGACAAAUAUUGGUCUCCUCAUCCUCGAACAGGUGUCUUUGGACCUUCGACCUCAUCUUCCACCACCGACAUAACCGAGGAGAAUCGCAGCAGUCAAGAUGACUCAGUAAUGGAGGAGAAAGCUUGGUACCGUCCAACAAGUCUCGAGGAUUUGGACAAGACUCAGCAUUCGUAGGAAGCAAACUCUUCCCUUGAUGUUAUUUGUGUGUUUGAUAAUGUUGUAAUAAAAUUUGAAGUCACACUAUUACGUUAUGUAACAAUAACGAACUAAACUCUCCGUGUUAUGAUGUUUUAUGAAUGUGAUUGUUACGCUUGUUUUGCA